UCUCGUAGUCUCUUCUCUUUCUUCUUCCCCAAUCUUUCUUCUUCAAAUCCUCUUCUUCCUCAAUUCCUUCCGUUCUCUUCUUAAUUCAGUCUCUUUCUCUCCCUCAACUCGCCGGAAUCAAUCAACCCUUCUCCGACCCCGACUGUUACUCUCAUAAUGAGCAGAGGAAGCGGAGGCGGCUACGAUCGCCACAUCACGAUCUUCUCGCCGGAAGGUCGCCUCUUCCAAGUCGAGUACGCUUUCAAGGCAGUGAAGGCGGCUGCUGUUACCUCGAUCGGCGUCCGUGGAAAGGACUCCGUUUGCGUUGUCACCCAGAAGAAGGUUCCGGAUAAGCUUCUGGAUCAGACUAGUGUCACCCAUCUUUUCCCUAUCACUAAGUACCUUGGGUUGCUGGCUACGGGCAUGACAGCUGAUGCAAGGACAUUGGUCCAACAAGCCAGAAAUGAAGCUGCUGAGUUCCGGUUCAGAUUUGGCUAUGAAAUGCCAGUAGAUGUAUUGUCAAAAUGGAUAGCAGAUAAGUCACAGGUUUAUACACAACAUGCCUACAUGAGGCCGCUUGGAGUAGUUGCUAUGGUUUUGGGCAUUGAUGAUGAGAAGGGGGCUCAACUUUAUAAAUGUGACCCAGCUGGACACUUUUAUGGACACAAGGCCACAAGUGCUGGGUUGAAAGAACAAGAGGCUAUCAAUUUUCUGGAGAAGAAAAUGAAAAAUGAUCCUGCAUUCUCCUACGAUGAAACAGUGCAGACUGCCAUUUCUGCUCUGCAAUCUGUUCUGCAAGAGGACUUUAAGGCCACUGAGAUUGAGGUAGGAGUGGUGAGAGCAGAGAAUCCAGUAUUCAGGGUUUUGUCUACCGAGGAAAUAGAUGAACACUUGACUGCCAUUAGUGAGCGUGACUGAUAAAAAAAAGUGGCCCGCUCGCUCGUACACUGCUGCUGCCAGGGGAAGAUGAUGUGUGCAGUGCACUCCGGGAAAAUCUGUCCUCUUAACUAUGGGUCUGUUGUUUAGAAGAACUAGUGGUUGGGAGAUUCAGAAGGAGACUUCUAUUCAGGUAUUGCUUUGAAUUGUUUUAUGUGAUAGUCCUUUGAAUUAUUCUCGAAACAAGGCUUUAUACGAAGAACAGAAGUAGAGCAGCAGAUUGCAGGGUAGGGUUUGGAGUACUGAACAGAUCAUAUUGAAUCUUUACCUGUAUGGAUCAUUAUGAACAUGCAAACCUCCAUUGUCACUGAAAGCUCUCUCACAAUGAUAUCUGCCGUAUUGUUCGAGCAUCUAGUAAAAUUACAGCUGAGCUUGGUGACAUUUGCAGCCACAACCUGCGUCGUUCACAUUUUCGCCUGCGUCAAUAAUGUGAAUGGCGCUAAGUGAUGGUUGCGAAUGUUAUCGAACCCAACUCAACCUUGAUAUGUCGCAAGUUUGUUUACUGAAAAACACCAAGCCAAACUCAACCUUCCCUGUAUAUAGUACAUUUUCAAAGCUCCCACUAAGAAAACUAGACGAUGUGGUAUAGCAAUAGGUGCUCAUUUGAAGCUCUCUCUUCCGAUAACCGUACACAACCCCGAUUGUCAUCUUUUGUUUUAUGAUUCCUAAAAUUGGAGGUCUCAAACGAUUUAAAAUCGCUCAUCGUUUGACAGAGCAACCGUCGAUCAUAGUCAUACAAAGCCACUUCCACUUCUCAGGAAUCGAUGUUGAUGGAUUCGAUGUGGGGAACUGUGGUUACCUGGUGAAACUUGAUUAGUAAUCGGAUUCUCGUUGCAUUAUCAUCAUCACUUUUAUUGAGAUCAAUGCAUUGUAUUUGUACAUGCUUCCAUUUACUAAUCGAGAGAAGAGGGAGAGCACUUUCAUGGAAGUCAUUAUGAUAUUUGAAUCAUUUAAAUAUGAUAUUUCAUUCUAAAUUAGAAAAGCAGAGCAUUUGGCAAUAACCGAUGAUUAGUGGCGUUGCACCGUCGCCAGCCCUGAGGGCACGACCAAAGGCCGACACACCACAGGCAUUAAGUUGCCUUUGGUAUUAGAAUGAUCGAUAUCGAUAUUAGAGAUAAUCUACUUCUCAUUCAACUUUGGACCACUUGCUCUCAUUGCUUAAUUUCGCCCAAACAAAGAGCUUGUGAGCACGUAUUUUUGUUGAUAUUCAUGGACCAACCCCAUUAUGGUACUCAAAUGUUGCACAACCAUCGAAUCACGCGAUGUGCACUCCACGUUGCUUUCGUAUGAGCACAAUAGCAAAAUUGUUAGAAACCAGAUGUUACUUGUUGCAAUUAUGGGCAUCAAUUUUCAUCAAUCCUUUCGUCGUUGUUAAGUAUUCCGCUCUACCAAAUCCAAAAGAUCAUAAAGUCAUUGAGAAUCAACAUGACGAUGAUAUGUAGUGUGUCACACUACAGACUACACAGAGCCUUCAAAAUCUAUCACGUUAUAUAUUAGUAAUUCUUAUUGUAAGGAAAGUAGUACAAAACCCUAAAUUAUGAUUAUAAGGAUAGUAGUAAAAACCAAUACAUGUGAUAUCUGUUUUUGACUUUUUCACAAGUCAACAUAAUACAAAAAGUACAAUGACGUGCUAUUUAUUUCACGCUAAAAAACAUCAAGCUUAGCUUCCAUCUAACUGAUUGAGAAACUGAAUUUUCCCUAGGAGCGUCGACGAGUUGCCUCCAUUUGUCGGUGAUCUUCUCGUACUUCCUCAAGGGACAGAGGCUUAAACAGAAUCUGCUUUCCCUUGUGGCGAACAUUGUAGCAGUUCGUCCCACCAUAUGUUAUUAUCAUUGUCAUCUUCUGUGUCAUGAUUCCUAAAAUUAAUGAUCUCAAACGAUAUAAAUCGGUCAUUGUUUGACAGAGCAACCAUCGAUCAUACUCAUACGAAGCCACUUUCCACCUCUCAAGAGCCAAUGGCUUCCACCUCUCAAGAGCCAAUGAUGAUGGAUUCGAUGCGGGGAGAUGUGGUCACCUUAGGCCACCAUCAAGAACCAACACUAACAUAACAACAGUUUCACUCGAGCUAAGCAUCGACUCACUAUGAACACUAUUCACUAUACACAAACAAUAACGUAUUAUCAUUGAUGUCACUGAAAGUCGAGCCUGGAGAGACUACGAACAUGGCAAUGAAUGGUGUGGUCAGGUACCGAUUCAAAUCAUUAUGAGGAAACCUUUGAAACAGUUCUCUCCUUGCAGAAACAUUAGUCUUAACCAUGUGUACAACACAAAGAAAAUUUCAAAAUUCUGUGAACCAUAAUCAGAAGCAGCGUGCUUUCUUACAUUACUGCACCACAUAAUUGGCAAAUUCAGGAAAGAAUCGCCUAAUCCAGGAAGACUUCAAUAGAUGGGGAAACCUAAUAUCGAUUUUGCAAUUAUCAUUUCAAUCUUGGCAUCAUCUUUCACCUUACUAGUAACAAGAACCGGAGAGAUUCCAAAACUAUGCACGGCCUCCUCCAUUAUACAACUUUUCAAGGAUUAUCUUUCAGUCUGAACAUAAACACAACUCAGACAAUGACGCCUGCUGCACUAGUGAUUCUUGGUCAUAGAUGACCACAUUCCUUUCCAGUUGAGCCGCAAAUAGCAGCAGCCCACUGCAAAUUGCAGCCUCCACAGUAAAAAUAACAAAGAAAAGCACAUGAGAUGAAAGAGGGAAGGAGAGACCAACAACAGAACAGAACAGAACAGAACAGAACAGAACAGUGAUAGAGCAUAGAGUCCCCUCUUGCAACAAAACUGGAAGAUGUUGUAUAGGCCAGAGCAGUAGUUUCCAUCGAUGGAGAGGUGGAGAUACAUAAAGAGCGGGGGAAAGAGUUAUAAUGGCUAAACUGAGCAAUCAAGGAGAGGGUUGAAGGACGUCCUCAAAUUUCUUACAAAUAAGUCAUCAUGACUGAUGACUUAAAGCAUCAUGGAGAGUUGGUUAUCUUGGUUGCAUGAAUAUAAGAUGUUGAUCUAU